AUGGCUCGAUUAACAGGACUCUUUUUGGUCCUGAUUAUUGCCCUAUCAUAUGGAAAAGAUUUAAAAAAUAUUCGCCAUGAAAAAAGAAAGUUCCCAGAAGGAUUUCUAUUUGGCACAGCCACUUCGUCUUACCAAGUAGAAGGAGCUUGGAAUGAUGACGGAAAGGCCGAAGGCAUCUGGGAUCGUUUGACACAUGCGAGACCAUGCACAGUAAAAAACUGUGAUACUGGCGACAUUGCUGGAAAUUCCUACUACAACUAUAAGAGAGACGUAGAAAUGAUGAGAGAACUUGGACUCGAUUUCUACAGAUUUUCUCUAUCCUGGCCAAGAAUUUUACCGACAAGUUUCUCAGACCAAGUCAACGAAGCUGGCUUAAACUACUACAAUAAUUUAAUCAACGAAAUGCUUAAGUAUAACAUAGAGCCAAUGAUUACCCUGUACCAUUGGGAUUUACCCCAAAAAUUGCAGGAUCUCGGUGGUUGGACGAACCCACAUGUAGUUGACUGGUUCACUGAUUAUGCAAAGAUUGCCUUCGAAGCCUUUGGAGAUAGAGUAAAAUUCUGGUUCACAAUAAACGAGCCGAGAGAAGUUUGUUAUCAAGGUUAUGCUGGAGCUUCAAUGGCACCUUUGUAUAACAUGUCUGGGUACGCAGAGUAUUUGUGUGCUAAGAAUUUAUUAGUAGCACACGCGAAGGCAUAUCACUUGUACAAUAACGAAUAUAGACCAAAACAGGGUGGAACAAUAGGAAUUGUGGUGAGUGCAUCCUGGCAUGAACCAGAGACUGAAAACGAUAUUGUGGCGGCUGAAGAUGCAAACCAAUUUGAGUGGGGACAAUAUGCCCAUCCCAUCUUUUCCGAAAGCGGUGAUUUCCCAGCUGUUAUGAAAGAAAGAGUUGCAGCCAAUAGUGCAGAUCAAGGAUUCUUUAGAUCAAGACUUCCCGAAUUCACAGCCGAAGAAAUUGACAUGAUUAAAGGAAGUUCAGACUUUUUCGGUCUCAACCAUUACACUUCUUCCCUUAUUGUCAGAAACGAAUCUGUAAAUGGAUACCAUGUAUCUCCAUCUUAUUAUGAUGAUAUUGGCGUAAUAAUGUAUAAAUCUAAUACAUGGGAAGAUAUUGGGUCGCCUUGGUUGAAGGUUGUACCCGAAGGUUUCUACAAACUGUUAACUAAAAUCCGAGAAGAUUAUGGUAAUCCCACAGUUUUUGUUACUGAGAAUGGAUGUAUGCAGAUAACUGCGGGCCUUGAAGAUGAUACCAGGGUAUCGUUCUAUAAACGUUAUUUAGAAGCCAUGUUGGAUGCUAUGGAUGAAGGAUCUGAUGUACAAGUUUACACUGCGUGGAGUCUUAUGGACAACUUUGAAUGGAUGCAGGGUUAUAAUGAUCGAUUCGGUCUGUAUGAAGUAAAUUUCUCAAUUCCGGAGAGAACGCGCACAGCACGCAAAUCUGCAUACUUCUAUAAGGAACUCAUACGUACCAAAGAACUUGACAUGCAUUAUGAACCGGAUAUGUCUGUACCUAUGACUAUUGAUGAAGGCCAUUAA